ACUUACCAGACGGAUCGCUGAGCAAAAAGAGUUUAGUUGGUUGAAUAACGUUGAAGUCUUUCGUUUGGUUUAACAAUUUUAACAACAGGUUCUUAUUUUCAGUGUGCUACAUCGACAACAUGCAUAAACCAAUACUAACAUUAGUAUGCCUAGUUGCGUUGGCUGGCAUCGUCUUUGCCAACGACAAAGUUAAGUCCAUCAAAAUCAAAGACAAAGACAUGUUACGAAAGUCAAUCGUUUACGAUAAGAAAACACCAGACGUGUUCUAUUGUCCAACAAGCAAACCGACUGGUAUGGACAAACUUAUUGUGCGAGCUAGACCGUUACAUAAGCUAUGUGAACAUGAGGGUAAGCCAUUACCGAAAGACUACAAAAGUGAUUGUUAUCAAGACGCUGAUGAAUCAGCAUACGCAUGCAAGGAGAAAGUGAGAAUCAUGAUGAGAAUGCAUCCACCAGGUAGCGACGAACCAUACAACAAUUCGAGAAUGGCUCAUUUUAUGGAUUUGGACAAAGAAAUCAGGAAUAAAAUGACGAAGCAAUAAAGCAAGUCGUAAAUCAACAAGCACAACAAAAGUCAAUCGCUCAAUCUAGGGAAUUGUAAAAGAUAAACCAAUCGAAAUUCUAAUCAACUAAUGUUCCUAAUUCGUUUUGUGAGAAAAAAUUAUUAUUUUUUGUAUGAGUCAGUUAUGGUUGAAAGACAUUAAAUGAAAUGUUUAACAAAA